GUUGCACGUUUCUUCCUUUUCCUCUCUUCUUCCGUCUCUCUUUCUCACUCACUCACACUCACUCUCACCCUCGUCUUUUUGCUUGCCACCUCAUCUAAACCGACAACCAUGGCCAUUGCAAGCAUUUUUCAAUCCCACAAAAAGCGACCGUCACUCGAAAUUUCCAUCAAUAAACGGUGGAGCGCUUCAUCGGCAUCGAUUGACUCACCGACGUCGCGCGUCCGCCAACGCUUUUCAUCCAUUUUGCACGGUCGCAAAGCAUCAAUCACGACCCUUGAGACAAUGGACAGCGCGAGCGAGCCCCGGUAUUCGUCAAGCUCGGAUCGAUCAUCACUCCAACAGCCACCUACACCCCCACCGCAUACCCCUCAAACACUGUUUGAAGAAGAAGAGGAAAUGAUGCCUUCAUCAUUCAACUUGGCACGUCAGGUCCGAUGUGUGCUGGGAACGGCCCUGGACGAAGUCGACGAGGAGAUCGAGCUGGAGUGGGAAGACCAUCGCCACAAGCUGCGUCAAUCGCUUCAGUUGCCCAAACGACCCGUGUCCUACAUGUAAAAGGCACACUCUUUCUCUCUCGCAUAUACGUGCUGCAUGCACAACACACGCCCCCGCAAAUACCUCUUUUCUUGUACAGUUCUACAUAGAUCUAUAUUUACUUAUCCCUAUAUUACCCUUAUAAUGCUAAUACUAUCAUCAUCCCCAUCAUAUCAACUGAUUAUUAAUAAUAAUGAUAACAACACGUCCUACUGCUACUGCGUCAACUAUCACACACACAGGCUGUAUCUUGAUAUCGUCUCUUUAAAAUAAG